AUGGCGAUGGGCAACGAUCUAAUGUGCAGAGCGCUGGAGAUUACAAUCAUAGUGCACCUCAUCAAGAUAAAGGUGACGGUGGACACGGCGAGCAUCGGCGCCAUCACUUCCAUCACCAGCAGAGAAAGAUGCAGUGCCGGCUCCUCCACCCCUCCUAUUCCCAACACGGCAACAAACGAGGCGAUGCCGCUGCCCGGACCUCCCGCCUCCUGGACAGCAUCGAUCUCGAUCUCCCACGUCUUGUGGCCUCCUCCAACCCGAGCAUCUCUUCCCUAUGGAUCUCGUUGUGACCAAAAUAGAGGAGAUUGGGAUCCUCCCCCGAUGAGCUAUGGCAGCGUAGGUGGUGGUAGAGGACCUCCGUACAGCCAUCCCCGACCGCCUCUGCAGCUCCGCUCGACCGCAGUUGUCGCGCUCCACGGCCCGGCUGCUGUGCUCUCCGCCUGGCCAUGGUCCUCGCUCGGUCUGUGCACGGCCUCGCUGCCUCCUGCCUCCGCACGCGUCAUCGCGUCCUCCGGCUGGCCCCCGAGCGACGCCGCGCCCACGCUCCUCCAGAUGUACCGCGGCGGCCCUGCAUCGCGACGCCCGGCCGGUCAGCGCCGGGUCCGGCUCCCUCCUCGCGGGCGUCUCCUCCGCUGGACGGCUCCACCAGCACGCCGGCCCCGAGCCCGACCUCCCCUCGCCGCCCCGCUGGCCUCCAGAGCCCCUCCGCCUCCCGCCCCUGGCCGGCUCCGCCUCGCCGGUUCCAUCGCGCCUCGCGCCGGCCCCGCCCGCAGCGCCGGGUCCGGCCUCCCGCGCCUCCGUACCGUCUCCGCGCCAGCGCCCUCGCUGGCUCCUGCGUGGGCCGCCUCGCCCCGUCCCGCGGCCGGCUUCCCCCGCCUCCGCGCGCCCGGCCUGGGCCGGCUCCGGGUCGCCUGUGCCUCCCGCCGGCUCGUGCCCUCGUCGCCGCCGAGUCGCCACCCGACCGCCUCGCUCCGCCACGCCCUCUGCGUCGGCUCCGCGCGCCCCGACCAGCGCCCGCCGGCUCACGCCUGCGGCUCGGCCCUGCCGUCUCACGCCCACACCCCGGCCGGAUCCGCCCUUGGCUCCUGCGGCCCCGCGCCCGCCGGCUCCGACUCCGGCUCAGCCCGCGGCCGGGUCCGCGCGCCCGCCGGGUCCAGCAUCCCCGCGCGGCCUCGCUCCGCCUCUGGCUCCGCCAGGCCGCUGCCGCGCUCUCCGCUCCGCCCGUGGCCGGCUCCGGCUCCCCCCGCGGCCGGCUCGCCCCGCGCACGAGCGCUCGCUCCCCUGCUCCGCUUCGGCCGAGUCUCGUUCUGA